AUGUCUGACAACAUGGUAGCCCCCACGCCUGCUUCAAGCGAUUCUCUCAACGAUCAGAAGGUCCCCGGUGGUCUCGAGCACUUGCGUACCCUCGGACCUAUUCAACGCCAAAACCUGGUAAUGAGCGACAAAGUCCAGUUUGUGGACCACCUCGGCAACGUCAUAAAGUCCGGAAACAAUGUCACUGAGUUACCAAUCGCCCUCUUCGAGGCUGUAUCGGAGAAGCACGAACUGGUUGUCGAUGGCAAAAUUGUAGUUCCAGAGGGCAUCGAUAUCAAAGCUUUAAACUACCUUGUCUCUCUGGUACUAGCACUACCAACCGCGCCGAAGGUAUUCCAGUUCCAGAAGUAUGUGGUGAGAGACUUUAAAGGACAACCCAUGAAGGAUGUUGAAGACACCUUCAAAGACCUACAUCUUUGCUGCGCCGCAGAUGCACUGGGUAUCGGCUCCUUCACCCAAGGCAUCUUCAACCACUUCUUUAGCCGUAUCAACACCAAAGUCCCUCCCACAGACGUCAUCAACAUCAUCACCGCCGCCAACAAUCCAACCGGAAACAAGCUGUUCAAGCAGAUGGCGUACACCAUGGCAAAGAAGCUCGACGAUGUAACUUUCCCCGACCCCGAAGGAUUCAAGCAGAAAUACCUUACGACCAACCCCCGUCUCUCCGAAACCAUCGACCGCUUUCUCACCAACAUCACGGAGACCGAUGCUCGUAAUGCUGAGUACCAGAAGCGAGAGGCUGGACGGCAGCAGUAUGCUGCUCAUAAUGCGCAGCACGAAGCUUGGAAGAAGGAGGAGAAGGCACGUAAAAAGCAACGCGAGGCAGAUGAGGCUGCGCGGUGGGCGGCGGCUGGCGUGUCGUACCGGAAGAAGGUCAGUCAGGGGAAGAAGAACUUUACUCUGCUCGAGGUGAAGUGGGCUGAUAAGGUGGCUGGCAAGAGGGUUUAUCCUGGUACUGGUAACUGA